AUGUUCAUGUUUGUUAAGUCGGUGAUUCGUAUUUGUUGUAUCGGUGAUUCUUAUAUCACAGUGGCGGACUGGGUGGUAAAAACCCGCAACAUUUGGUGGAAAGAUCCUAUCCUGUGUAACAACAAGCCACAUUAUUAUUGGCUGCAACACCACCGAAUGUUGCGGAAUUGUGGUUCAUUUUCCACCGGAUGUGGUAAAACUCCAAAAUUAUACCACCUAAUGUUGCGGGUUUUUGCUACAUGUUGCGUGUUUUUACCACCUAGUGUUGCGGGUUUCUUCCGCAUGUUGCGUAUUUAUACCACUUCUAGUAGCUACUAA